GACUCCUUUACACUCAGUGUUAUAGAUGGUCUUGCUCAACACCAAGGGACCCUUCGCCUAUCACUUGGAAAUUUAAACGGUUAUAUACACCAGGAAAAUUCUAUUCAUUGGAGAAGACAGGAGGCAACAGUUGCUUGUCGGCAACUUGGAUUCCCUACCUUCAAAGCCUUUGCCUAUAACCAUUUUGGACGUAAAACAGGAUGGAGGCUGAUUAGUUCUGUUUCAUGUCUUGGAAAUGAAAGGGUUAUAGGUCAGUGCGCAAUGAAUUAUGGACAGGGAGAAGUGGUGUCAACCGAGUUCCAAGGAGUUAUAUGCACAGGUAUGGACGACUAUGCGGUCCGUGUAUCAGAUGGUCAGUACGACAGAGGUCGAGUAGAAGUAUCAGUAGGAGGAACCUGGGGAAGCGUGUCAUCCUCCAGUGUGUGGUCAUCUGGCAAAAACGCUCAAGUUAUCUGUACUCAACUGGGAUUUCAAUCCGGAGUAGCCAUCACCAAUGGAACAUACCUUCGCGGAUCAGGUCCGGUCUGGAUUAGAGAUUUAAAUUGUGCUGGACAUGAGAGAUCAAUACGUGACUGUUCCUUUACCAUUAAUGGAACAGAUUUAUAUUCCAGAUCAUCUUCACCUGAUGUCGGUGUCAUUCUCAAUCAAAAGUUUACACGGGUGACUUCAUCGACGAAAAAUUCGAAGUCGUCACAAACUUCACAAGAAAAUGUUCCAACUACAGAAACUGUAUUGAAACCAAAGAAUACAACAGAAGGAAAUGAGGAGACAUCAGAUGAAACAGACAAAGAAGAGGAGAUUAUCAAUGAUAAUACAGGAUUGUUUGUGGGCAUUUCUGUGGCAGCUCUUUCUGUCGCCAUUUUCAUUGUUCUUGUUAUCUGUUGGAAAUUGAGAAGUACAAUUAAAAAAGAUCGAGUGCAUUAG